ACAAUGGCAACGUGUUAAAAAAGGGCAUCAUAAACCUGCAUAAAAAAAUUGUACUAAAAAGCAAAAACUCCCUGUACAUAAGUGCAUAAAACCAGAGGCUGGAACAGUGUGGAGUGUUUCAAAUCGGAGAAGGCACAUCGGCUGCCAUUUUUGGGCCUUGAUUCUGAAAAAAAAGUGGGGGUUCGCCCUCGCCAUGUAUUGGCCUGAAACAAGCAAAAUAACAUUAGAGUUUGAUUGUACCACUGAGGCAGAGGCAGAGGCAGAGGCAGAGGCAGCCAUCUUGGUCCGGCCAAGGCUCAGGCUCGGGCUCAGCAGCGCACCAGUAUAAUCCCACUUCCCACUCUCAAUUUCUGCUUCCUGACAAUUCGUAUCACACAGCUGAUACGCACCUCUCUCUCUUCUUUCUACGUACCCAAAAGAAAAAAAAGUGCACACCACACCAAAGUUUAUCCCUCCCUCUUUCUGUCUCUCUCAAUCCGUAUUGUAUUCUUUUGAGCUUUUGGUAAGGUGAGUGAGGAGUAUAUGGGUUGUGGGGUGGGGGCGUGCAGUGGGUGACUGAAAAGAGAACCGUGAAAGAAGGCCUCAUAAAGACAGAGAGAGAGAGAGAUAGAGAGAUGGGUUUUGCAUUUUCAUGCUCUUGACGAAAUAUGGUCUUCUUCUUUUUGCUUUCUUCUUCUGCAUUUCUUUGAAGCCAUGGUGGUUGUGUCUAAGCUCUUGUGUUGUUUAAUCGUUCUCUCUUCUGCCGUCCUUUGCCUUUCCUACGAACCUCGGAACCCUGAAGUGGAAGCCCUGAUUAAUGUGAAGGCGGCAUUGAAUGAUCCGCAUGGGGUGCUCAGCAAUUGGGAUGAGGACUCUGUGGACCCUUGCAGCUGGGCAAUGAUCACCUGCUCCCCUGAGAACCUCGUUAUAGGACUGGGAGCUCCGAGCCAGUCUCUUUCUGGAAGUUUGUCUGGGGCGAUUGGGAACCUCACAAAUCUUCGCCAAGUGCUGCUGCAGAACAAUAACAUUUCCGGUCCAGUUCCCAUUGAACUUGGAACUCUGCCAUUGCUUCAAACAUUAGAUCUCUCAAAUAAUCGGUUCUCCGGCCCAAUACCAGCAUCUUUUGGUCAGCUGAAUGGUUUACGCUACCUGAGGGUGAACAAUAAUAGCUUGUCCGGGCCUUUUCCCGUGUCCUUGGCCAAAAUCCCCCAGCUUGCUUUCUUGGACUUGUCUUUUAACAAUCUCAGUGGACCAGUGCCUGUGUUUCCAGCCAGAACAUUCAAUGUGGUGGGAAACCCAAUGAUUUGUGGAAUUAGUCCUAGUGAAGGUUGCUCUGGCUCAGCCAAUGCCAUUCCUCUUUCUUUCUCUCUAGAAUCAUCCCCUGGAAAACUCAGGUCCAAAAGAAUAGCAGUGGCACUUGGAGUCAGCCUGAGCUGUGCUUUCCUAAUUUUCCUAGCGCUUGGAAUUCUUUGGCGCAGAAAAAAUCAGAGGACCAAAACCAUCCUAGACAGCAAUGUAGAGAAUCAAGAAGUGGGACUUGUGCGCUUAGGAAACCUCAGAAACUUCAGUUUCAAAGAGCUCCAGGUAGCAACAGACCAUUUUAGUUCCAAAAAUAUACUUGGGGCUGGAGGGUUUGGCAAUGUGUACAAGGGAAAGCUAGGCGAUGGGACUAUGGUGGCAGUGAAACGGCUAAAGGAUGUAACGGGUACCACUGGAGAGUCCCAGUUCCGCACAGAGUUGGAGAUGAUUAGCCUUGCAGUUCAUCGCAAUUUGCUUCGGUUAAUUGGUUAUUGUGCCACUUCUCACGAGAGGCUCUUGGUGUACCCUUAUAUGUCAAAUGGCAGUGUAGCUUCCAGGCUCAGAGGAAAACCAGCCCUGGACUGGAAUACGAGGAAGAGAAUAGCAAUUGGAGCUGCAAGGGGUCUGCUGUACCUCCACGAGCAAUGUGAUCCUAAGAUAAUCCAUAGAGAUGUGAAGGCUGCCAAUGUGCUUCUAGACGACUUCUGUGAAGCUGUGGUCGGUGAUUUCGGACUCGCAAAGCUGCUUGACCAUGCCGAUUCUCAUGUGACCACUGCUGUUCGUGGCACUGUCGGGCACAUUGCUCCAGAGUAUCUUUCAACUGGCCAAUCUUCUGAGAAGACUGAUGUGUUUGGGUUUGGAAUCCUUUUGAUCGAGCUAAUUACUGGAAUGAGAGCUCUUGAAUUUGGGAAAACAAUUAACCAAAAAGGCGCCAUGCUUGAGUGGGUGAAAAAGAUACAACAGGAAAAGAAAGUGGAAUUGCUUGUGGACAGAGAGCUAGGGAACAACUAUGAUCAAAUUGAAGUAGGGGAGAUGUUGCAAGUGGCUCUUCUUUGCACUCAGUAUUUACCUGCCCACCGACCCAAGAUGUCGGAGGUGGUCCGAAUGCUUGAAGGGGAUGGCCUUGUUGAGAAAUGGGCUGCAUCCCAUACUCAUAAUGACUUGAAUGUCAACCUCUUCCCUUCACGGAACAGUAGCAAAAGUACAUACAACCCCACAAAUGCAAUGAAGAAUUAUGGCAAUGAUCGAGAUCAUUCGAGCAUGUUAAGUUCAACAAUGGACGACGACGACGACGAGCGAUCUUUAGACUCCUAUGCCAUGGAACUCUCUGGUCCAAGAUAGUAGAGAAAGUAAGUCAGAGACAAGGGAGGUUAAUUCAUUGCUUUAAUUCUUUAGAGAGCCAAAAUCAAGUAAUAGGAGAAAGAUGGGGUUCAGUGUUGGAUUCAUAAACUUUGUGUACUUUUUCCUAAAAAUUCUCUCGAUAUUCUGGGUUGGACAUGUAAAUAUGUGACAUCCUCUUGGUCUCCUUAAAAUGGUGCGGUUUAAAACAGUAGAAGGGAAGGCAAUGCCAAGCUUGUAUAGAAUGAUUUUGACGAUCUUCUCUUAAUAGUUAGAUAUGGAGUUGAGUUCUUGUUGUUGGCGUUAGCCAUGGCUGUUCUGUCAUUUUGUGGGGAUGAAGGAAUGGCGAGUGGGGUCGAUGUUCUGAGUUCUGAUCUUUGAGAAGUAGUCAAUUAUUUUCGGGGUCACGCGCUCCUCUUUUCAGUUUC